AUGCCGGUCACAAAAAUCAAACUUUCAAAAAGAGAUGUGACUGCCUUCAUGAUACAGCAGAAGGUCGUACCCAGGAUUCCGCUUCGGGGCGGAGGCUCCAGGGGGCGGAGUCUGGCGGGACAUUUUGCGACUUGGAACACGGUUGGUGGAGCACGGCACAUCCGGAGCGCUAGCAGGAAGGCCGAAGGUUCCAAGGUGCGAGGCCCGACCCCGAGGUGGGCGCUGCUCCUGCAAAGCCAGACUGCAGCCCAGCCGUCCAUCCGCCGCAGGCCGCCUGCCCUGUCCCCGGAGCCUGACAGCGCCCGCAGGACCGCGAAGCCAGCGCCCCUCGCACCCUCUGCCCGGCCCCGGUGCGCAGCCCACAGCGCCGUGGCCAUGAGGGGCGUCCGGUCCCGCAGCCCCUGCGCCUGCGCUGAGCCCGCGUGGCCCCCGCCGCCCGGAGCGCCCGGAGCCCCCGGCCCUGCCAAGCGCCGCCGAGUGCAGGAGCCCGCGGCCGCCGAGCCCUGGCCCCAGCCCGGCCUCCCGGCCCCGCCCGCGCCCCCGCCCGCCGCCGCGCCGCUCACCUCCGUCGUGGUCCUGGCCGCUGGCUGCGCCCUGCAGGUGCCGCUGGACCACGUCGACCUGCUGCUGGAGCCCGAGCCCACGUCGGUCCUCAGCGUGUCUCUGCCCGGCCACACGCUGCUGCUGGUCCCCGAGGGCCUCCUGGAGGCCGCCGGCCAGGGCCCCUCGCCGGGCGGCCUGGCGCUGCCCGCUGUCCUGGACGCCGCGGCCGAGGACGUCGUGCUGCAGCAGGGAUUCGUGUGCGCAGCCCCCACGGAGAUGGCCGGCCAGGGAGAGGCCUCGGAAGACCACGCCGACCCCGAGCUGCUCCUGGCGUUCCGUGGGGAGCCUGCAGCCGGCUGGGCCGCGGGGCUCUGCCUGGGCGCUGCAAGGGGCUCCAGCCGCGGCUCGGGCUUCGACCUGGACUUCGAGCUGUGGCGGCCGCUGCCCGGCUCUCCGCUCCAGCCUCUGCCUCCGUCUCCCAGUCCAGGGCCCCCGGAGCCCCCGGGGCGCCCGCAGCGCCCUCCUCGGCCCGCCUGCAAGGCCCGGAGACGCCUGUUCCAGGAAUGA